AUGGCAAUUCACAGUUACAUGAAGAAAGCACCACCAUAUGUUUUGGCCAGCACGCUGUGCUCUGCAAAUGGCAUCCUAUUCGGAAUGGAUACGGGUGUGAUCGGCCCGGUCACCGAUAUGAGAGAUUUCAAGGCUUCAUUUGGAGGUAGCCAAAAUGCGACCAUUCACGGCCUUAUUGUUUCCUCGAUUCUGAUUCCUGCUGCUCUUUCUUCCUUCUUCGCUGGCCACCUUGCUGAUAAACUCGGUCGGUCGAAAGGCAUCAGCAUUGGUGUUUUUAUUUUUGGGGUUGGGGCUGCUAUUGAAGCUGCUGCUGUCUCGCUUGGGAUGUUUAUCGCUGGGAGAGUUGUAGAGGGAUUGGGAGAGGGGCUUUUCCUAGGCACUCUUGUGGUGUAUAUUGCGGAAAUUUCACCCACCAGUACUCGGGGUAUGUUGACGACGGGUCCACAAUUGGUGAUUACUUCGGGGAUCAUGACGGGGUAUUUCACUUGUUAUGGAUCUUCGGGUAUCAAAUCAUCGCUCUCCUGGCGCACCCCAUUUAUUCUUCUUGCAUCGCUAUCAAUGCUGCUUUGUAUUUCAACCUUUUUCUUUCUGCCUCCGUCCCCGAGAUGGUUGACAUUGCACGGCCGCCGGGAAGAGGCAGAGCAGGCAUGGGAUAAAUUGGGUGUCAGCCACGCUGAGCGCGAAAAAGUUGAACUGGAGUCAGAGACAGUUGAAGUUUCCGCCCCUACAGGAAAUUCGGAGACCAGGAAAAGCGUCGUGGAAACGACCGACAACCACAAGGAGAGCGUCAUGGGCAAACUCUUCGACAUAUUCUCCAAAGAUGUUCGGUCGCGCACUGCUCUUGUUGUCUUCAUGAUGAGCAUGCAGCAGCUUAGUGGUAUUGACUGUGUGCUCUACUACGCUCCAUUGCUCUUCCAGCAGGCCGGACUUGCCUCAUCAGAAGCAAGCUUCUUUGCCUCCGGCAUUUCGGCACUCGUAAUAUUCUGUGUGACUAUUUUCGGAUUGCUUUACGCAGACAAAUGGGGCCGCCGAGGCAGUGUCAUUUAUGGUGGCAUUGGACUAGGCAUUGUCAUGUUCUUGAUUGGUGGACUGUACGCAGGAAAUGCCGUUCACGGGACAUUUGGAGCUGGCCGCUGGGUUGUAAUCGUUGCCAUUUACAUUUUUGCCGUCAUCUACUCUAUGACAUGGGCAGUCAGCAUCAAGAUCUACGUGCCCGAGAUCCAUCCGAGUCGCACCCGUGCAUCGGCAACAACCCUGGGUCAUUCCUCAAACUGGAUCGCCAACUUCUUGGUUGCUCUCACAACGCCUAUUCUUUUGGCUAAAAGCUCUUUCGGAGCAUAUUUCCUGUUUGGUGGUUGCUCCAUCCUCACUGCUCUUGUGUGUGCGGUCUUUAUGCACGAAACCAAGGGCCGAUCCUUGGACGAAAUCGAGGAGGCGUUUAAACAUAAAACUUCCGGAAGAAAGAACCCCUUCAACUCUUUGCGACGACCCAUCAUUAAAUCGACGGCCUAA